CAUGGCUGAAACGGCUUCUGACGGUGUGGCGGGUCCUCUGCCUGGAAGAUGCGCUUUUUACGUUGUGAAAAAGAAACGCUACUGUAAAAUGGUCGUUGGACGUGGAAAAACGUUCUGUGGUGAACACGCGAAUGCAGAUAAAGAGAGCGAGAGGAAAAGGAUCCCCUGCCCUCUGGACCCUAAACACACUGUGUUUGAAGACAGUUUGGCGAAACAUCUGAAAAAGUGCAACUCAAAGGAGAAGCCCAAGCCUGUUUACUAUGUAAAAGACAUCAACGCUGGGUCUAUAAAUGAAGAGGAGGAUGCCGUAGAUGAGGUGUCCAUCGCCGAUCGAACCAAAGAGGAGUUGGAUGACCUGAUUGGGCGAAUGAAGACUGCCCUGCAAGGAUUGAGCAUCAAACCUGUCAGUGGCAUCCUCUCUCAUCCAGCCCUAAAUGAAGCUCUCAGCGAUCCAAAAAAUGGCAACUUUGCUUUCAAACACCUCAAGCAACAGGCCUCAAUCCUGGGGAAUAUGGAGGCGUUGGAGCUGCUCGGUCCUCACAGGUGCUACGUUGAGUUUGGUGCUGGAAAAGGGAAGCUUUCACAUUGGAUUCAUGUCGCACUUCAGAAAGCUGAGGACGUCCACUUUCUGCUAGUGGAGAGAUCCAGCACUCGGUUUAAGGUAGAUGGCAAACACAAAAACACAGACUCAGCAUUUGACAGGCUGCAAGUUGAUAUUCAGCACCUUGACUUAAGAAAAGUUCCCAUUUUGAGAGAAAAGGGGCUUCCUGUGAUUGCAGUGGGUAAACACCUGUGUGGUGCAGCAACUGACUUGGCUCUGAGAUGUUUAUUUGAGCAUGGCCUUAAAGAUAAAGACAGUCAGCCCCCCACUAAGCGUAUAAAGCUGAGUGAGCGAGCCGAGGAGGAAACGGCGCCCGAUAUCCCAGCAGACGACAAAGAAAUUAGAGGACAACUUGCAGUAUCAGGAGUUGCCAUUGCCCUGUGCUGUCACCAUCGCUGUGACUGGAAGCAUUACGUGGGGAAGGAGUUCUUCAGAGAACGAGGCCUCGGACCUAGAGAGUUUGCUGCUUUCCAGCGCAUGUCCAGCUGGGCUACUUGUGGCAUGAGUCGAGUUAGCCAUGCCCACAAGAAAUCCCUACAAGAGAAUGUCAGCAUAACAGAAGACGAAGAAGAACAGGCUGAGCAUGACGGGAGUGAUGAGACAGUACCUGAUAACCUUAACAGUGCUGUGUCAGCAGAGGAGCGAGAGCACAUUGGACGCCUGUGCAAGAUGCUGAUCGACCAUGGCAGGCUGCACUACCUUCAGCGAAGAGGCUUCAAGUCCAACCUUAGAUAUUACACCACCAGAGACGUGUCUUUAGAGAAUGUGCUUCUGACUGCUGUUCCUGUCUAACAUCCUGCCCCCUAAUGCUGGAAACAGGCAUUACACGUACAUACAAACAUUACAUAAAUGCAGAAAAGAGCAUAUUGUUGCUGUCAUCUCAAAACCUCAGAACUCCAUUUGUAGCUCUUUUUUUUUUUUAAAUGGCAGUUGCGCUUUAUAUAGACUUCUGAAGCCGUGUCAUCAUUUUGUAGUCUUAUUUGUGCCCAUAUAAGGAAUUCUGAGUCUAAGCUGGUGUUCUCUAAGGGGAAAAGUGAACAGCAUUUGCGAAAAUUGACAACAAAAAUGUUCCAAAGCUGGUAUGUUUUAUCCUACAUACGUUUUAUUUCAAAUUUUACUAGAUCCUCUGAAUUCUGAGGUUCUUAAAUCUGCGGUCUGUAUGAUUGAAAGAAGUAUCAUUACUCAGUCGGGAGCGAAAUAAAAAAAAUGCUAAAAUAUGGUCUUCAUGUGCUGCUACGUGUCACCAUGUAAAUCCCCAAAGCCUUAAGGAAUCAUUUAAAAGUCAGAAGGUUUUUGUGUUUUCUGACCACGACAUACAUCUUUCCGCAUUAACGUCGCAGACACAGGCUCAAGAAGAAGGCCCGGCUCAACGAUUGGGUCUCGCAUGCAAAAUCAACAUUAAUGAUGAAGAGAUAAUGACGAUAGUAGAUAAUUCACUCUCUUCCUCAGAAGACACGUCCUUCACCAAGUUUUGAUCGAGUUCUCUCGAAUACUCUUUCAGCUUGAUCGCAAUCAUCAGAUUCAUCUACUCGGGGAAGGGGUCUGAAGCACAACACGCAAUGUGAACCUUACAUAGUGCAGCUUUAAGUAGUCAAAAAUGAGUACUGUUAUAUGCAAGUUAAUGCUACUGCUCAAACAGAUGACAUGAAACUGACAACCUCUCCAAAAUACCCCUCGCAAGCUUUGUCCAGUGUGAUAGUUAAGAUGCUUUGGCAUUUCUAGCUCACAGUUUGUGUAGCUGGAAUUGGUUUAAAAUGGAGUUAAAGUACAGAAUUGGACUUACUUUCAUGUGAUGUCAUUUCAGUGCACAACAGUGUUGGCUUGCUUGUAGCAUUAUGUAUAGUUCGACUGCUAAAUGACCUCUCAAGUCAGAGGGUCCAGUGACGUGCAAAGGGAAAAGUGUACGCAGAACAAAAUGCAUCAGCUUUGGAACGUGUGUUUACCGCAUGGCCUUCCAUUUGUUCCAUAGAGAAGAACAGCUUAGACAUCAAGUUCUUUCAAUGGACAUGAGAACACACAACUUUAGAGGUUUACUGCGUGGAACUUUCAUAAUGAAAGGACUAAUAGAAAUAGUCCAAAAUGACUUGUUACAUUGGCAUAUAUUAAAAUCAGAAACUACAUUUAUAAAUGGAAAAAUCAUAUUUUAAGGUGUCCUUUUCUGAGACAUGAGGACUUUGUUAUGACAGUGACUAAAUAUUGUUUUUUUUUUUUGUUCAGUUCUUUUGCCAUGAACAUUUGGACAGACGGGCAGCAGCUGGCACAGUAAGCAGACACAACAGCACAAUUAGCAGUAUGGCGCCCCCUAGUGCACUGACUAGAGAGGCAAAAUGCAGAAGAGGCUUUACAGGACGUGCAGGACAGAUGGAACAGGACAGGCCACCUUGGACGAAAGAGCAGAGCAGACGGUGGCAUGCAGGACGUCACAGUGACGACGCAGUGAUCUCUAAACCACCAUCCAGCGUCACAUUUAGCACAGAGGUAUAAGUCUGGGAAUCUGAAACACAGAUUGAAAUCAGGUUUAUUCACAGGCAUUUUCAUUUUAGCUUUAUUUUAUUAUACUUAUUUUUAUUUUGUCAUUUUUGUAUGAAAACUUUUAGAAUUUGUGCGCACGGUGCACAUUGAGUAUAGCGUAACCUCUUUUGCGGGCCUCGUGGAUGUAGUGGUGCAUGAACUCUCGGCCAAACAUUUCCCUGUCGUCCUCUUCGUCCACGUCCUCUUUCACAUCUGGCAGAGACACGUCGUAGGUCAGCGGAUUGUCUCUGAAAUUUACAAACCUGCCAAAAAACCAUCGUAAAACCUUCAUUUAUACAUGAUUCUUUUUAUUCAUCAAUAAAAUUGGAAUUCGCUCGGCUUCUGUCUAGAAUCUGUCAACAUGGGAGCUUUUGUCUGUAUUGUUCUUGCAUGAAGCCCAAAAGUUCAAUAAGAAAUAAAUGAAAUGAUAUAAAAGAUAUUCUCACCGAAACCAAUGCUAAGCUGCAAAGAGGAACUCCACCAAUUUCAGUUGUUAAGAUGAGGUUUGAUGUGAAAUGGUAGAGAAACGGACUCAGAAUUGUUUACAGUGGUGCAGAUAGGAACCAGAGUUUGUGAUGUUUACAACAUAAAUAUAGCCAUUUUAUUUACUAUCCAGAACCACCAGUGAACCUAUGCGUGUCUUGCGAGUUUUAAUAUGUAAUGUUGAUAAUGGUGAAAUUGUGAUUUAUCUGAAAACAAAAUUUUCUGAGGACUAAUUUGCCCCACAGCUCCCUACAAGUAUCUCUCCCUCAUGAAAGUCUCUAGGCCAAAGUCAGUGAGUGCGUUUACAUGCAUUCAAUAAUCUCAUAACUGCAGAAAAUCAUUUUUUGUCAGUAAUCCAAUCAACGUGUUUACCUGCACUUGAGUAAUCAGAUAAUGGGAAACCUCAGGUCUGACUUGCGUAAGCAGUAAUCAGAUUUCUGCUUUGCAACCAGCCAAUAAACUCACAGAAGAAGACGUGAUGUAAAUGUAUAGCUCAAACUUUAUGACAGCUGUUUUUUUUUUUCACGCCACUUUACCGGAAAAUAUGAACAUACAUCAUCUAGAAGAUGAAUUUUUAAAUCCUUUCUCUCGUUAAGCAUGUAUUUGGUUUCAGCAUUGCUCUAAAACUGUUUUGCUGUGUCUCGCGGCAGCAGUGCUCGCUUAAUUCCGGUACAGCAGUCUCAUCCACCCAUACGCAGUCUGAGAAAUCCGAAAGAAAUCAGAGUAAGAGUCCACCUGCACUGAGAAAUCUGACCACUGAGCUAAAAUCCCAGCUCUCUCUAUCAGAAUUCUUAAUCCUAUCUAGGAAAUCAGAGUGCUGUUUAUAUGACCAUUUGAAUAAUCAGUUAACCGCAGAAAUCCGAUUAUGAUCAGAAUCUGCAGCCUGCAUAUUCAUGAAUAUUUUACCUAAUUACUUUAUGUGAGGGGGCUUCUAUAGGCCUUGGAACGUUUUUGACAUGUGGUUCCUAUCACUACCACUGUGAACAAUUCUGACUAGAAGCAUUUCAAAUCAAAAGACUUAAAUGCAACGGUGCCUAAAUGUUUCUUGCUUUAGGUUCUUCACCCUCACCUGAACACUUAAGGUCCUUAGUUAACAUUUUAGUUUCUCAGCCUUAAAUCCAAAGGUAGUUUUAUAGAAAGCCCUUGCGGUGAAAAACGGUAUUAUGUGAUAUUUUUUGUCUGGUAUGGCAUCGAUUGAUUCUCUAUUAAAAUAAAGGGGUCACUAAAACAUAAA